GAUGGAGAACGUCUAUUCUCUGGAAAUCCAGGCGCAUGGUAUUGGCAAGGACAGGUGAAUUCGAUUGAUGCGCAAGCUAGUUUUCCGUAUACGCCGGGAAAAUUCGGCGGAGCCUUCGGCUCAGGUCAAGUGGUGCAGCAGAGUUUGUCGACGAGACCUGCGGUGUUGUCGACGAAAGAGGGCAUCGAGAAGGACGACAACUCGUACAUGGGUUACUCGAUUGCGGUGGGCGAUUUCACCGGUGACGGUGAACAGGGAGUCGCCGCUGGGAUGCCCCGUGGUGCGGGACUCUUGGGCAAAGUGGUGCUCUUCACGUGGAAUCUAACGAAUCAUCAGAACAUCACCGGGACGCAGCUGGGCUCUUACUUUGGAUAUUCGAUAGCGGUUUGCGACGUGGACGGCGAUCGGACGGACGAUCUGAUCAUCGGAGCGCCUCUUCACACCGAACCGAACAACGAGGGUAAAUACGAAGUCGGUCGCGUUUACGUCAUCUACCAGGGCGAAGAUCGGAAGCAGAGAUUCAGGAAAUUCAAGACUUUAGACGGAAUCAAUUCCAAGUCGAGGUUCGGUCUGUCCGUUGCCUCCUUGGGCGACAUCAAUCUGGAUGGGUACGGCGAUUUCGUGGUGGGUGCUCCGUACGAUGGUCCGCACGAACGCGGCGCCGUUUACAUCUACCACGGCUCCAAAGACGGCGUGAACCCCAAGCAUUCGCAAGUGAUCUUCUCCGAAGACGUUGCUGAUCCUGGAAGCGCACCGAUGUCCACGUUCGGCUUUUCCGUUGCCGGCGGCAUCGAUCUCGAUCACAACGAUUACCCGGACAUGGCAGUCGGAGCGUACCUUUCCAAUUCCGCUUACUUCUUCCGCUCUCGUCCUGUCGUCAAAGUGAACGCCUUCGUGCAAUUCCUCGCCUCCAACAAGCAGAUCAUCCUCGACGAGAAGAACUGCACUCUGAUCAACGGGCAUCGCGUUCCCUGCACCAACAUCGACAUCUGCUUCAACUACACCGGUCUCGGAGUUCCCCACAACAUAAAUCUGGACGUGCAGUACGUGCUUGACGCCAAGAAGACGAAAGACACUCGCAUGUUCUUCAUCGACAGCGAAAACAAGUUCACCAUGAACGAUACUCUUCAGCUCCAGAGGGACAACAGACCAAUCUGCAGACAGAAGAUGGUUUACAUUAAGGUACGUUAAUUAACACUUUAAAGA